AUGUUAAAUGAGCUAUGCCCUCUUUGUGUUAGUGAAGUGGAAACCGUAAACCACCUUUUGUUCUCUUGCAGAAAUUCAUGGGCAUUAUGGAUGAAGUUUGUAAGCUUCUGGAACCUCUCACUGGUGCUUCACGAUAACCCGACCGCCGUUAUCAUUGCAUGGCAUGAGGUUAGUUUUUCCUUUCCGGUAAACUCCAUUUGGCAUCUAAUCCCUGCUGCUAUAUUGUGGUCCAUUUGGUUGUACAGAAAUGAAUUGGUGUUUCAAAACAAAAGAAUGGAUUUGCCGCAAUUAUUCUUUGUUGCUAGAUUUCACCUUGCUUCUUGGUUCAAAGCGAAAAACCAAGAGAUUGCCAUAUCUUUGGAGGAUAUAGUGUUGUCUCCACCUGUGGUUGAUAAAUAUUCGAAUAAUAAACUAAGGUCUCCACUAGUGGUCUGGAAAGCCCCUCCUGUGGGGUAUAUAAAGAUUAACGUGGAUGGUGCCAUGCCAGUUUCGGGGCUGAGAGGUGGAAUAGGAGGGUUACGCAGGAAUGACAGAGGAGUAUGUUUGGGGACGUUCUCAAAAAGUAUUGGAUUCGGGACUCCCGUCCUCGCGGAGCUGCUUGCGAUAAAGGUUGGGUUAGAAGCCUUCCUUCAAGCGGGAAACAACUCCCCGUUGCGAGUCAUAAUGGAAAGCGACUGUAAGGUGGCCGUGGAGUGGGUUCUUAAUCAAGGGAGCUGCCCUGCUUGCUUCUCCGAGCUAGUUAAAAGUAUUGAUACGGUUUUGUCUUGUUUUUGUGUUACUAUUCGCCACAUCCCUCGAGAGUGUAACAGGGAGGCUGAUGCCUUGGAAAAAAAGGGAUAG